CAGAGAACGGACCAUCAGCUGGUCCCAACAGUGGGCGCUGUGCCCGGGGCCAGUCUCAACUUGCCCUCUUCUUCUCCCCAGCCCCACCCCGGCACCUGACAUGAACCCUUACGGCCCCCUCAACCUGAGCCUAGAGAGCGAGGUGACCACAUGCACAGCGCCUGGGCCCCCCAACGCGUCCGCUGGGCCCCCGUCGGGCCUCGGGGGUGCCUCGCCGGCGCUACCCAUCUUCUCCAUGACGCUGGGCGCGGUGUCCAACGUGCUGGCACUAGCACUGCUGGCUCAGGCUUCAGGCCGCCUGCGCCGCCGCCGCUCAGCCGCUACCUUCCUGCUCUUCGUCGCCAGCCUGCUGGCCACCGACCUCGCGGGCCACGUGAUUCCGGGGGCGCUGGUGCUGCGCCUGUACGCGGCGGGGCGUUCACCUGCCGGAGGCGCCUGCCACUUCCUGGGCGGCUGCAUGGUCUUCUUUGGCCUGUGCCCACUGCUCCUGGGCUGCGGUAUGGCGGUAGAGCGCUUCGUGGGGGUCACGCGGCCUCUGUUGCACGCGGCGCGAGUCUCGGUGGCCCGCGCACGCCUUGCGCUGGCCGCGCUCGCCGCGCUGGCCUUGGCUGUGGCGCUGCUGCCGGUGGUGCGUGUGGGUCACUACGAGCUGCAGUACCCCGGCACGUGGUGCUUCAUCGGCCUGGGUCCGGCGGGCGGCUGGCGCCAGGCACUGCUUGCCAGCCUCUUCGCCGGCCUCGGCUUGGCUGCACUGCUCGCCGCGCUCGUGUGCAACACGCUCAGUGGCCUGGCCUUGCUGCGCGCCCGCUGGCGCCGCCGCUCUCGACGGCAACCCCCGACCUCAGGCUCCGACAGCAGCAGGCGCUGGGGCGUGCGCGGACUGCGCUCGGCCUCCGCCUCGUCCAUCACUUCAGCCUCCGCUGCCACCGGCGGCAUCCUAGGCCGUGGCUCAGCGCGUAGAGCCCGCGCCCACGACGUGGAGAUGGUGGGCCAGCUCGUGGGCAUCAUGCUGGUGUCGUGCAUCUGCUGGAGCCCACUGCUGGUGUUGGUGGUGUUGGCCGUCGGGGGCUGGGGCUCUAGCUCCUUGCAGCGGCCACUAUUUUUAGCCGUGCGCCUCGCUUCGUGGAACCAGAUCCUAGACCCCUGGGUGUACAUCCUGCUGCGCCAAGCCGUGCUGCGCCAAGUGCUUCGCCUCCUGCCCCCGAGGUCCGGCGCCAAGGGUAGCCCCGUGGGGCUGAGCCUAACCAGAAGCGCCUGGGAGGCCAGCUCGCUGCGAAGCUCCCGGCACAGUGGUCUCAGUCACUUCUAG